AUGCAUUUCUCUCUUAUCGUUGCAUGCAGUCUCUUGACUGGAGCGAUUGCUGCUCCAGCUUCUCAAAAAAGACAUGUCGUCCAUGAGCGAAGAGAUCAAGAACCUCGCAAUUGGCGUAGGGAGAAUCCAUUACACCCGGAUUCACACCUCCCAAUGCGAUUCGCCAUCACUCAAAAUAACUUGCAUAACGCGGAAGCAUACUUAAUGGAUGUUUCUAAUCCUUCCUCAGCAAACUAUGGCAAGCACUGGAGUGCGAAGAAGGUUGCUGAAACCUUUGCUCCAAGUGCUGAGUCUGUUAAAGCAGUUUUUCAAUGGCUUGAAGAAUAUGGCAUCAAGAGCGAGCGUGUAAAGCAAUCGCAAAGUCUCAAUUGGAUUCAUGCAAACGUUACUGUUGCAGAAGCCGAGUCUCUUCUCAACACUAAAUACUACGCCUAUACACAUGCCGAAACUGGCCAAAGUGCUGCUGCUUGUGAUGACUACAGUGUCCCUGAGAACUUGCGCAAACACAUUGAUUUUAUCACACCAACUCUUCACUUCGAUGCAAAGGUUGCACCUCGAAAGAUGAAGCGAGAGAAUACCAGUCAAAAGGAUGCCUUUUCCAAACACAGAGCCGGUUCACCAAACGAUCCAUCUUUGCCCAAACAAGGCAAAAUCAUCUCUGUUACAUCACAUGGCGGGCUACAAACUUCACCAUUGGCGACUUGCAAUACACAUGUCACACCCGAUUGUCUCCGGGCUUUAUACGGGCUUCCAGCCCAAGGCCCUUCUGCAAAAGGAAAUUUGGAUUUAUUCUUUGGCAACUUCUCUCCUGCACUUGUCGGGGCUAGACCAAUUUUUGACUCCAUCGACGGUGGUGUCUUACAGACAAUUGUGGAGUCCUUUGACUACAACGGAGAAUCUGACUUGGAUCUUGAAUACGGAAUGGCACUUGCAUAUCCUCAAAAGGUGACAUUAUAUCAAGCAGGAGAUAUAGGAGAGGGAGCAUCGUUCAACAACUUCCUUGACGCUAUCGAUGGCUCCUAUUGUAAAACAGGCGGUGGUGACGACCCAGAUUACGAUGCAAUCUUCCCCGAUACAUAUGGAAAUAGCAGCGAUUACUACAAAGGACCCCCGAACUGUGGUGGAUUCGCUGCCACCAAAGUUAUUUCCACCUCCUAUGGUUUCGAUGAAAGCGAUCUCACACCAGCAUAUGAGAGACGUCAAUGCAAUGAGUAUCUCAAGCUAGGCCUCCAGGGUGUCACAAUCUUGUACUCUUCUGGUGAUUAUGGUGUUGCGGGUAAUGGAGGAGAAUGUGGAGCUGGUAAUGCGUUUAGCCCUUCCUUUCCUGGUACAUGUCCAUACAUCACAUCCGUCGGAGCUACCCAAAUCAAACCAAACGCUACUGUCACUCAACCAGAAGAAGCUGCCGAGUCUGUCAUCUAUUCUGGCGGAGGAUUCUCUAAUGUCUUUUCCAUGCCCAAAUACCAAAGCCAAGCCGUGGCAACCUACUUUGCCAAAUAUCCUCCCCCUUACACAGCAGCCCAGUACAACAACUCACAAACCACUCGUGGUUACCCCGACAUCUCCGCCAACGGUGUAAACUACGUUGUCGCUGUGGACGGAGAAUUCUCUCUCGUAUACGGUACAUCGGCCUCUUCCCCUGUCAUCGGCGCCAUCUUCACCUUAAUAAACGCUGCACGAAUCAAUGCCGGAAAAGCAGCCAUCGGAUUCGUCAACCCCGUUUUGUAUGCGCAUCCUAGCGUGUUGAAUGAUAUCACGAGUGGAGGAAAUCAAGGAUGUGGAACCGCAGGGUUCACAGCUGUGAAGGGAUGGGAUCCUGUUACAGGACUCGGAACCCCCAAUUACCCUAACCUCCUCAAGCUCUACCUUUCACUUCCUUAG